AUGGCAGCCUUCGUGAAACAUGCGCUGGCGCGCAGAGACGAAAAUGAGGACAGUUAUCAGUGGGAUUCUACAAACAGCGACGACAACGAUGUCUAUUGGUGGUAUAGUAGGGAAGGAUAUAUCGUCAAAUGGACUAUCCUCGCCGUCUUAGUUCUCCUAUUCACACUCUGGAUCGUUGGAGGAUACUGGCAUGCGAAGAAGAGGAUUCAAAAGGGUUUGCGACCGUUGGCAUAUCACCGAUGUUUUGUUAGUAGGAGCAUGAUGGCACAGGUUGAUCCCCGAUACGCCUAUCCACCGAACACAUACUACUACGCUCCACCAAAUGGUUAUCAAGGCCAGCCUGGCGGAUAUCCCAUGCACAACAUGCCUCCUCCGCCAGUCUACGACCCGUCGCGGCCGCCCAUGUACGAUGAAGCCCCCAACGGCGCCAAGAUUGAUCCGUCGCAAGGGCAGCAGAGACGUGAGGAUGGACCUGCAGACUAUUAUGCGCCUCCUGCUGGGCCUCCGCCUCCGCGAUGA